AUGGCACCGGCGAAGAAGCGGGCAAGAAACGCGCAGUCAGAUGCUCAACCAUCGUCGGUGCUCCUCGCGGAUUACCGCACAGCUUGGCUGCUCGCAUCUGAUGAGCCAUCGGUUGAGAUCAUCUGCAAAAACGAAUGUUUCAAGGUCCAUACGAGCGUCCUCAGACAGCACUCGGAGUAUUUCGAAACGUGCUUGAACAAGCCUUUUAUGGAAUCGGAUGGCGUGGUGAAAUUCGAUGACAUUGAUCCCCGGUACAUGGCAUUCUAUCUUGGUAUAGCAUAUAGCUAUUCGUCCAUCAUGCCGCACACGCCACCCGCAGCGUCCAAGAACCCUGAGGCCAGGGCUCAACGCACGCCUCUGCGCGAUUAUAUCGAGGUGUUCAAGUUGUGCGACCGUUUUAUCAGCAUGCAGAUGAGCGAAUUCCUCCAUAAAUGCAUCUUGACGAGCAUUGGAGAUGGGCAUCGAGCCUUGUUUCGCUCAUAUGCCGACAGAGACCAGCAGAAGACACUGAUGCGAGACUUUGCAGAUGGAUACGAGGCGCUGGAGCAAGCGCAUCCAGUGCAGAAGGUGCUGGCAGAGAAGAUUAUUGAGUAUUUCGCAGAGGGCAUUUCCUACGAUGCCUGGGACAGCUGCAUGGAGGAAGUUAUUGACCGUCCCAGGUUUGUAGCGCAAGUAUCCAAGGGCUUUGCGAGGAAGCUAGCGGAUGCAAUGACGACGAAGACAAAGGUGAAGCGCAAGGAAUUGGGAGGUCCAUGA